CCUGUCUCCUGGCAACUCUCCUGACGCAACAAAAAGUCAUUUAAAAAAAAAAAAAAAAAAGGGACACAUCCAAAAAAUGGGGAGGUACAACUGGGAGUGAAUGCAGAUGGAGCGGAGACGCAGCAACCACAAUGACCUGGAGGCUGGGAGGGAAUCCAGACUGUAGCAUCUCCGGAGCAGCACAUCCCAAGGAACCGGAGCGCAGAACGCUUGUGUAUGUGUGACACCCCCGAUCCAGAUGCUACACUCAAGCGGAUGAAUCGACAAAUUCAAUGAAGCUCAUGUAGGGAGUUUCUCUGGGAUUGUCUUAAAGCAUGAUGUAGACCAUAUGACUAUUUUUACCAGAAUCAGUCUUGAGGUGUCACAACAUCAUGUCAUUACCAAAGAUACAAAUUGAGGAACCAGAAGAUGAAGCUGAAGGUAACGCAGUCCCACCAACAGAUGAUCAUCUACGAAACUUGAAAGCCCUGACUGAGAAAUUAAGGUUAGAGACUAGGAGACCAUCCUAUCUAGAAUGGAGGGCAAAACUGGAGGAUCAGCCUUGGAAAAGUCCAAAUCCUCCUGUGGAGCAAGAGGUGGAGGAACAAAAAGAGACUGGAGAGGGAAUAUGUUCAGCUUUAGAGAUAAAAACGGUCCAGAAGACCACAUCUGUCCCAAAGGAGAACAACAUACUCACGUCAGGGAAGAUCCAUGGCUUUGAUAGCAUCGACGAGGCUCUAAUUUGGCUCAGAAAGGAGCUGACAGAGAUGCGCCUUCAGGACCAGCAGUUGGCACGACAGCUCAUGAGGCUUCGCAGUGACAUCAACAAGCUGAAGAUUGAGCAGACUUGUCACCUCCACCGACGAAUGCUGAAUGAUGCCACCUAUGAACUGGAGGAAAGGGAUGAGCUCUCGGACCUUCUAUGUGACUUCCCCAUGAUGUCGUCAUUUGGCGUUUCUACGCCCCUUAAACUUAUUGGGGUUACCAAAAUGAACAUCAACUCUAGGAGGUUUUCCCUCUGCUAAAACCAUGAGGUUUCCACACAAGAUCCUCACAAUAGUCAUCAUAGUGUCUUGCUGCCUUAUACUAGUACCAGCUUAUCACGCCACCCAACACUGUGACCAAUGCAUUGGGCAAAUCCCUACAAGAACAUACAACCCAAUGUUCAUCCCUACAUGAGAGCCUUUCAUGAUGUGCAUUACUACUGCUAGAUAUAACCAAUGUUCUGUAAUAUACAUAUGAGUGGUGUUCUGAGGAGACAAGGACAUGAGUUGCAGUAUAUGGUGUAUAAGGAAACUGUCAGCAUUGAAGGACAGGAUAUGGUCCAUGGCUAUUAGCAGGUCAAGAAGAUGUUACUGUUGUAUUCAACAGCAAAAAACUGUAGGGUUACUCAAGUAGUGGCUUAUGAUGAGUUAAAACAUAACGUAAGGGGGCCAAUAAUGAUGACUUCGGCUGAACUGGCCAACCAUCUAAUAUAUAUGGGGGUGUCCCAAUUCUACUCCACCAUCAGAUGUUGGAGGAAAGAAGGGUCAUCUUCUAGCUUUCACAAUGUUCCACUGAAAAUUUUGGUUAUAUUCUCAGAAUCUAGUGAUUUUUGGUAUCUGUGCUGGGGUGUACGUGGAGGAGAGGUCCAACUCUUGGUCACAUUACCCAUCUGUUAUAGUUCAUUAUGAAAAAUUGGUGGGUAAAAUGCAUAAGAACAUAGUAUAUUAUUCAGGGCACGGACAAGGGCAGUCAGGGCAGUGCCUAAGGGACCAUUAAAAUGAGGUAUAACCAAUUCUAAGGGUACAAUGGAAUAGCAAAAUCAAUUUCAAGACAUUUACAGUAGAGUUGGUUUGUGUGAAGCAUCAGACAAAAAGCCUAAUUAUCAGCUCUGGCAUGGCCACUGCCGCCCACACCACACCUAGAAAUGAUUCAUAUAAGGCUGGAAAGUAAGGGAAAGCACAGAUGAGGAUUGUCAUUAUUUGCCUCUGGAAGAACAAGUAGUAUGGUUCCAUGACUAAUAUUAAAGGGGUUUUCUAAGAUUUUUUUUUACUGAUGAUCUAUCCUCUGGAUAGGUCAUCAGUAUCUGAUCGGUGGGGGUCCGACACCCAGGACCCCCACCGAUCAGCUGUUUGAGAAGGCAGUGGAUGGGGCUGAGCGCGAUACCAAGCACAGUCGUUAUACAAUAUACGGCACUAUGCUAGGUGAACUGCGAGAAGGACAUGGCGCUAACAGGAGCCCUGCUGUCUUCUCAAAACAGCUGAUCAGCGGGGACCCCAGGUGUCGGACCCCCACUGAUCAGAUACUGAUGAUCUAUGCAGAGGAUUGGUCAUCAGUAAAAAAAAUCUCGGAAAACCCUUUUAACGUAAUACAUUUGCAUCAUGAGACUCUUGUCCUAACACUGGGCCCAUGUAUAGUGAAGUUCUUUGACCAGCAAGCAGUUUUAGAAAAAAAAAAAAAUCUCUCAUCUUAAAUGUCUCUGCUUUAUUUGUCUUUUGGAAUACAUUAUGUCCUAUACUCCAGUCACACCCAAAACUGCAUUAUUUUUGGUUUCUGGCUUCCUGUUAGGCUGGGACAUGUCACGUCUUCUCUUCCCUUUCUUGAAUCAGCAUUUGUAAAGCGCCUACGUUGUUAUGUCUUUUUACGUCGGCGGCCCGCGUCUGCCACUGCUCCACUACUCUCUGUACCAUUCACACUGUGUCUGUCGCAGGUACAGCGCUCCAGUAUCAAGCCCUGUGUGUCUAUGGGGCAUAUUUAUUUAACCAUGUCUCAUUCUGCAGUAUUGCAAGGGUUAUACCCUCAAUUGGUUCUGUGUUCAGCAGCCAGGCUGUUUCUAAUGUGUUAAUCGGCUUCUGUUAUAUAUACUGUGCUAUUUGUCUCAUUCUCUGCCUGAACAAUAGAUUCCCUAGUCUGCAGGCUCCUUCCAAGGUGUGCCGUAUCUGAUUUUCUGCCCAUGUGCUGGUUUCUGCCUGAUUCCUGGAUUCUGACCCUCUGCUGCCUAAUUACAUAUUAACCCUUUGCUGCAUGUCCUGAUCUUGGACCUGUUUCUUGGAUUUGCACAUACUCGGCUGCUCUGACCUCGGCCUGUUACUGACUGCGAGUUUGCCUGUCCCUUUAGUGCUACCCACUGGUGUCUCUUGACUCCAUGGGUGAGCAGCCAACCAAAUGGAGACAUCUCCAUGAGGUAGCAGCCUGGUAAGUUUCUUGCAGCAAAGUCCAGAUCCCUGUAUAGGGGUUAAAGGGUGGGCCACCAGGAUAACACCCGUAGGUUUAGCCCAAAGCCAAAUCCGUUGGCCUAGUAGCUUCACAACCACUACCAGUAACAAUGGAUUCUUGAGAGGCAUCCGAAACGGCACAGCCAUGUGAUGGUGAUAAAAUACAUCUCUCAAGAUACAAUGCAUUAGAGUGCAGUAGUCAGCUGUGACUGGAGUAUGAGAUAUGAGUGUAAAUACUUCAAAUAAACUGGACACCCGACCCUGAAUAUUACAAUGAUGUAUUGAUGAUGAUUAUUAGAUGUACAAGGUAGUACAUACUAGAGAAGGAUAGUAAAGGGUUAAGUAUAUGAAGAAACAUUGUAUCCACAAGAACUUGUGGCAGCAAUAACACUGUCAUAUGAAACAAUGUAUCCUUUAGAAUCAGUACAUCAUCUAUGUAGCGCAUCCCCAAUAUUACAGCGCCCCACCAUUCAACCGCCAUCUAUCAAAAUGCCAACUGAGGCCUUUUCCGUUCCAAUGUAUCAUCCACUCGCAGAACUGUAUCAUUAUGAUUGUAUUUGCCCAAUAUCCAGACCUUUUCUUCUCUAUGUGGCCUUUUUCUUUUGCUAAUUUCUAUGUAAUAGUUCCUUCCAAAAGUGCGUUUUUUUAAGAUUGAUGCAAAAAGUGAACAAUUUCCUUUGGAUGUGGAGAACUGAAUUCAUUUUUAAUAAGGUUUUAUGAAUGUGUAUGGAAAUGUUGUCCUCCUUUUAAAGAAAACAACAGAAUAAAGGGAAAGUGAUAAACGAG